GGAGCCUUUAAGCAAGUCGUAUCUCGUCUUUUCUUGUUACGGAUAAGAAUUUUUUUGUUAGAUUUUUAAUAACAAAACGCAGGAAUUUAAAUGGAAAUUUUUUUCAACAAGUUAAAAAAGCAAAAUUAAACUUCGAGAUAUGCAUCAGAUAAAUCAUCAAAAGCAGAAGCAACAACGGUAUCAAUAGAAAUAAAAGCAAAAAACAAAAAAAAAAAGAGAAACAAAACAUUUUUAUUACGAAAAUGCAGUGAUAUAAAGUGCAAAAAGUGAUAAAUAUAAAGAGAUUCAAGAUAAGUCUAUAUAUUGUGUGUAUUGAUAGUAAAUAACAUGAAUGUUUACUGAAAGCCUCUAGAUUGAAAAGAGCGCAAAGUGUUAAAAGAGAUAUCAAAAUUUAAAUAAAACUCGAAACAAACAGCGUAAAAUAUGCAACACAACGUCGGAUCGUGGUACAUUCCCUGGAACAUGGGAGUGCCACUGCAAAAAAUCCUCACAGUUCCGUUCAACGGACAAAUGCCGACGGGAGCGCCAGCCUUCCAUCAGCCCCAAAUUGCCACAGCUGCCGUGCAACAGCACCAACAACAACAGUCCGCGAUGCACCAUCAAGCGAUGCAUCCGGCAGCGCAAACGAUGUUCAGUCCGUUGUCCCUUCGGAGCUUUGUGCCUCAUCAUCCGCACGCCCCCCAUCCCGGUUUCCCGCACAAUUUGACGCCGCAACAGCAACUCACGACAGCGACAGCUGCCAAUGGCGGCACAACGCUCACCUCGAAUCACACAUCAAAUGCAGUGCUUCAGCAGCAGCAGCAGCAACAACAACAACAACAACAGCAGCAGCAGCAGCAAGUCGUGAGUAGCCAACAGCAGCAAGGAAACACGUUAUCGCCGAAUCUCGCAAAUCAUCAUCAUCAUCAUGUGGCUGCCGCUGCUGCUGCUUCGUUGGCGCUGCGUCAUCACACGCAACACACUUUGCAAGCCAGUUCACUCAUGACGAUUCCUUCGAUGAAGAAGAUACUGAUGACCGAUAAAUUGGAAAAGCCAAGGAAUACAUUAACGGAAAAGAGAAAAGCGACGGAAGACAACGAGCCAAUUAAAGAUCUGAAGAAGGCAAAACUCGAAACGAAGGCCUUGAAAGCAAAGCGACCUGGCUUCACAGACGAGAGAUACCAUGAGACGUCAUAUUACAUCGAAAAUGGUCUCCGCAAAGUCUAUCCGUACUACUUUACGUUCACCACAUUCACGAAGGGCCGCUGGGUAGGCGAAAAAAUCCUCGAUGUUUUUGCACGUGAAUUUCGUGCGCAUCCGGCGGAAGAAUAUGAGCGAUGCAUCAAAGCCGGAACAUUAACCGUAAACUAUGAACAAGUGCCAACAGAUUAUAGAUUAAAACAUAAUGACCUUCUCGCUAACGUUGUACACAGACAUGAAGUUCCAGUUACUAGUCAACCAAUCACAAUAGUGCACAUGGACGAUGAUAUUGUGGUUGUAAAUAAACCAGCAUCGAUUCCCGUGCAUCCCUGCGGGCGUUAUCGUCACAACACAGUCGUCUUUAUUCUAGCGAAGGAGUACAACUUGAAGAAUUUACGCACAAUUCAUCGUUUGGAUCGCCUUACGUCGGGUCUCUUGCUCUUUGGACGCAGUCCCAAGAAGGCCCGUCAAAUGGAGCAUCAAAUCCGGAAUCGGCAAGUGCAAAAGGAGUACAUUUGUCGGGUCGAGGGAGAAUUUCCAGACGGAGUAAUUGAAUGCAAGGAACCUAUUGAAGUUGUAAGCUACAAAAUUGGGGUAUGUAAGGUUUCCUCGAAAGGCAAGGAAUGUACAACAACAUUCCAAAAAUUAGGCUACAAUGGAAGGACAAGUGUAGUCUUGUGCAAACCACUAACGGGACGUAUGCACCAAAUUAGGGUUCAUUUACAAUAUUUAGGUUUCCCCGUCGUUAACGAUCCUUUGUACAACCACGAAGUAUUCGGUCCCAACAAGGGCCGUGGCGGCGACAUUGCUGGCAAAACGGACGAGCAAUUGGUAAAAGACCUCAUCAAUAUCCACAAUGCAGAAAAUUGGCUUGGCAUCGACGGCGACUCGGAAUUGUCAAUGUUCAAAUCGAUCAAAUCCGAUUUAGACGAUAGCUUGUCAACGAAAGAAACGAUUCUGAGUGACGACGAGAUAUCGACAUCGCGCGAGGCAUCGCCAUAUGCGGAAAGCCCGCAGUCGGCACGCGUCGGAAGUGAAAGUCCCAACGAGGGAACCACAAUUGGAAACGGUGGCGGCAAUAAUUUAAAUAACACCAAUACAGCGAGCACCAAUACAACGUCGUCCUCCUCCUCCUCCAGCGUUGCAACAACGGCAACUCAAGCAUGUUUUAAUAAUGAAGUUAUGCCAAGUGGAAAAUAUGCCAGUGUUGCGACAUCCACAUCUACGAACAAUAUCAACAUCAUCAGUACCAGCAGCAGCAAUAACAACAACAACAACAACAACACGAACAGCCAUAUAACGAGCAGCUUGACCUGCUUGAAAAGUUUCACGAAUAAUAAAGCAAAGUCAUCUCGUAAGUGCACAGUGGCUACCCAAACUGGACACGAAUCGCCAGAUUUAGCGUUUAAUCCGGACAAGAUGACAACCGACAAACAUUGCUACGAGUGCAAAGUGCGUUACAGGGACCCAAAGCCUCAGGAUUUGGUCAUGUAUUUGCACGCAUGGAAAUACAAGGGUCCUGGCUGGGAAUACGAAACAGAAUUACCCGAUUGGGCGCAAGUUGAAUGGCAUGACAGUGACUGCGAUUAAUCUCUAGAUGACUUAUCAUCGAAAUUGUUAUUAAAUGUUGUGUUAUCGUAAAGAAAAUUAGAAUUACGCUUCAUUUAUUAUUAUCA